UAGCUUUGUAAGGCAAUUUGACCUUAUCAUCGGCAUAAAUUCAUGAAUUGGAAUUUUCCAAGAGGAAACUCUUCGAUCCUCCUGGAAGUUCGGAAGAAUUCGUCCGAUAUUAAUUAGCAGAGAUAUAGAUAACUAUUAGAAUCCACCCCGCCUGACGUAACGAACUUCUUUCUCACCAACUCUGACACAUCGUUGUAUAUACCUCUUAACUGCACCACUCUGACUCUGGCUUCAGUUAAACUGUGUAACAACAUCAGCUUACUCCGCAAGAUGGCUGCCUCGAGCGAUCGACGUGAAAUCGUCAUUGUCGGUGGUGGUAUAAUUGGGUGCUGUUCUGCGUAUUACCUGACGAGGCAUCCGUCUUACGAUCCAUCUCGCCAUAAAGUGACUCUUAUUGAGGCCACAGAACUCGCCGGCGGAGCGUCUGGUAAAGCCGGCGGGCUUUUGGCAUUAUGGGCGUACCCCAGCAAUAUCGUUCCGCUGAGCUAUAAACUGCAUGCGGAGCUGGCGAAAGAGCACGGUGGAAUAGACAGAUGGGGAUACAGAGAGGUCAACUGUGGUCAGAUCUCCGCGCAAGGUCGUCCAGUUAGCGACAAGGAAGUCGACAGGGGGGAAACCGGCAGUUCUGUUUCUCUACAAAAGCGGACCGCGGCUGCGAUAGCGCAAUUGAAAAAGGCUGGCAUCCCUCAGGACUUGGACUGGCUAGUGCCUGGCUCAUUGAAGGAGUACGACAGCAUGAGCGGUCCUGGCGAGACGGCCCAGGUUCACCCGUAUUACUUCACCACCUCGAUAGCGAAACUGGCUGAAGAAAAGGGGGCGAACAUCAUCUUCGGGCCAGUUACUGAUAUUGCCCGUUCGGCGAAUGGUGUCCAGUCGGUUACUUAUGCCGAUAAAGAAACCGGAGAAUCGCGCACGAUACCGGCCACAGACGUGGUCAUCGCUGCGGGUCCUUGGACGAAAUCCGUUUUCCCACAGGCCCCAAUUUCGGCUACUCGCGCGCAUAGUGUUGUCAUCAAACCAACGAGACCGGUAUCAGCCUAUACCCUUUUCACGACCAUUCAGCUACCGGCAGAUUUCUACCCAUCGAAGAAGGCGCGGCCAUCUGUCGUUACGCCGGAGAUCUAUGCUCGCCCGGAUGACACAGUCUAUUGCUGUGGUGAAGGCGACCAUAUUGUUCCACUCCCAAAGACGACAGCAGACGUCCAGGUCGACCAACAGAGAUGCCAGAAUAUCGUCGAUCAAGUAGGCAGCGUAUCGGACGAGCUGCGCAAUGGUGAGGUCCGCGCAUGCCAGGCUUGUUAUCUACCAAACGUGAGCGCCGGAGGGGGACCAUUGAUCGGCCAUACUGGCAUCAAGGGAUUGUACCUUGCCGCUGGCCACACUUGCUGGGGUAUUCAGAACGCGCCAGGAACCGGGAAGCUUAUCAGCGAAUUUGUAUUCGACGGAAAAGCCAAAAGCGCGAAUAUCGGAUCUUUGGAUCCAAGGAACUUCCUCUGAAUUCUUCGUGUAUAAGGCAUGGUGAGCUAUUAUACUAGAUAAAUGCGAUGACCAGCAAGUCGGUGAAUAGCAAGAAAUGACACUUGUGAUUAUGAUGA